CCUUACGUCCCUCCAGCUGAGCGAGGCUGGUGUAGUCUAGUCUUGUCUAUCGGGGACGUGCAGUGCACGGACUCUGCUCAGUCGAAGCUUUGAUUUGGGGGGAAAGGACCCGUGUGAUGGGCUGAUGCCAGAGUCAAGGGAUGGGGCACGAGGGCUUCUUAAAGGGACACGAAGUGGUAGAAAGACUUGCACUCGAGGGGACACCCACAUCCGUCCAGGCUAAUCCUCACUCAAGAUCACUACCACUUUAUCCUUUUCCCACUCAUCCCACUCGCAGUCAUGCGCAUCAUCAUCUCCGGUGCGGGCGUGGCAGGUCCCACUGCCGCCUUUUGGCUCUCCAAAGCCGGCCAUUCAGUAACCAUCGUCGAACGUGCCUCCGUCCUCGAGCCCAUUGGUCAAAACAUCGAUGUAGAUGGUGGAGCCCUGCGCGUCGUCCAAAAGAUGGGUCUCCACGAAGGUCUAAAGAAACUCAAUACGACUGAAAUUGGGACUAGAUUUAUUCGGAAUGACGGUAAAGGGGCGUAUGCUUCCCUGCCGCUUGUCAAAGGACGAACGGUCUCGCCUACGAGCGAGAAUGAGAUUUUAAGAGGAGACUUGGCUAUGCUUCUUUGUAGCGCUACGCGGGAUGAUCCCAAUGUCCGAUAUCUCCUAGGAACCACGAUCGAAAAGAUUGGAGAAGAUCAAGGGGCAGGCGGUGAGGGCGGCUUGAGUCCUCCUCUACGUGUGCAAUUAAGUAAUGGUGACUCAGAGAUCUACGAUGCUUGCAUUGUGGCCGAUGGGCAAUGGUCUCGCAUUCGCAAGGAACACUUCCCCGCACCCACAGUGGUGGAUAAGAAUGCCUACAUUGCCUAUUUCACCAUUCCGCGUACCUCGGUAGAUCAAGGCUGGUGGGAACUCUAUCAUAGUCUAGGCUCUCGAGUCAUUUCUACCCGACCGGAUGCACAAGGUACUACCCGUGGGUGUUUCAUGAAGAUGCCUCUCAACAAGGAAGAAAAGGCCGUUUGGGAAAAGGCUUCCCGUAGUGGAAGUCGAGAAGCGCAGAAUUCCCUACUGAAAGAGACGUUCCAGGAUGCAGGAUGGGAAUCGAAGCGACUCCUAGAGGGGAUGGUCGAUGCGAGGGAUUUUUACUUUCAGGCUCUGAAGCAAAUUCGAAUGCCUACUUGGCAUGAUGAGACUACAGGAAGGAUCGCCUGCGUAGGAGAUGCAGCGUAUGCUCCUACACCCAUCAGUGGAUCAGGAGCUGUACUCGCCAUUCUCGGUGGGUACAUCAUCGCCGGCGAACUCUCCCAACUCCAAGCCGGUCAGCAUCCCCGCGAAGCUUUUGAAGCCUACGAACGCAACCUUCGCCCUUAUGUGGAAGAAGUGCAGAACCUUCCUUCGUUUGUACCUGGGGUAAUGAUGCCAAGGACUUGGUGGCAGCGGACACUCCUUCAGAAUGUCAUAUGGGCCUUUGCAAAGUUUUUCAGUAUACCCUACUUUCAACCCAAGGAAACGAGGCAUGAUGAAAGUGCAUUCAAGCUGCCCCUCUAUCCGGCUUUUGAGAAGGAGGGAGAGGCAGGGUCACGGAUGGUGGACGGGAAUGCAGCCUAGGGUGGAGGGGCAGCUGCUUCCCAUCUCGAGAACUUGGAUAGGACGUCACGAAACCCAUGAAAGGACAUUUGCACCACUCUCUAUAUCUGCGCCAUUGUCAUCUCUGUUGUAUCUCCUCGUUUCGUGACGCAAUGUAAUGCCCUCAUGAACUUAGCCUGUG